AGCUGCCACAUUUGACCUUGGGUUAAAGCACUGAAGCUUUCACCAUUCUCUGCUUCCAGUAAGGCAAAAAUAGAAUAGCUAUGGGAGACGCUGAAAUGGCAGUGUUCGGGGCUGCAGCUCCUUAUCUGCGGAAGUCAGAAAAGGAGCGCUUGGAGGCACAGACUCGUCCAUUCGACAUGAAGAAGGAAUGUUUUGUGCCUGAUCCUGUAGAGGAGUUUGUUAGGGCUACCGUCACCAGUCGUGAAGGAGACAAAGUGACUGUGCAAACAGAGACAGGGAAGACACAAAGUUUCAAGGACAGCCAGAUUCUGCAACAGAAUCCUCCCAAAUUUGACAAAAUUGAAGACAUGGCCAUGCUGACUUUUCUUCAUGAGCCAGCUGUGUUAUUUAAUCUCAAAGAGCGUUACGCGGCGUGGAUGAUCUAUACAUAUUCAGGGCUGUUCUGUGUCACUGUCAACCCCUACAAAUGGCUGCCAGUGUAUAAUCAGGAAGUGGUUAUAGCCUACAGGGGCAAGAAGAGGAGUGAAGCUCCUCCUCACAUAUUCUCCAUUUCUGAUAAUGCCUAUCAGUAUAUGUUAGCAGACCGUGAAAACCAGUCAAUCCUGAUCACUGGAGAAUCUGGUGCUGGGAAGACCGUAAACACCAAGAGAGUCAUUCAGUACUUUGCCAGCAUUGCAGCAAGUGGCACAAAGAAGGAUGCAGCUGCUCAAAAUAAGGGGACUCUGGAAGAUCAAAUCAUCCAAGCUAACCCUGCACUGGAGGCUUUUGGCAAUGCCAAGACUAUCAGAAAUGAUAAUUCUUCCAGAUUUGGUAAGUUCAUCAGAAUCCACUUUGAUACCAGAGGGAAACUGGCAUCAGCUGACAUUGAAACAUAUCUUCUGGAAAAGUCUCGUGUGAUCUUUCAGCUCAAGGCAGAGAGAGACUAUCACAUUUUCUAUCAAAUCUUGUCAAACAAGAAACCUGAGAUACUUGAGAUGCUACUGGUGACACAAAACCCCUAUGACUAUGCAUUCAUCUCUCAGGGAGAAACUACAGUUGCUUCUAUCAAUGAUGCUGAUGAGUUAAUGGCAACAGAUAAUGCUUUUGAUGUACUAGGCUUCACACAAGAGGAAAAAAAUUCAGUGUACAAACUAACUGGAGCUAUUAUGCACUAUGGUAAUAUGAAAUUCAAGCAGAAGCAGCGUGAAGAGCAGGCGGAACCUGAUGGAACUGAAGAUGCAGACAAAGCUGCCUAUUUAAUGGGCCUGAACUCUGCUGAGCUUCUUAAGGGUUUGUGUCAUCCACGGGUGAAAGUAGGAAAUGAGUGGGUGACCAAAGGACAAAAUGUCCAACAGGUGUAUUAUGCUGUUGGCGCCCUGUCCAAAGCCGUGUAUGAGAAAAUGUUCGUCUGGAUGGUAGCAAGAAUCAACCAGUCCCUGGAAACAAAGCAACCACGGCAGUACUUCAUUGGUGUACUGGACAUUGCUGGCUUUGAGAUUUUUGAUUUUAACACCUUUGAGCAGCUCUGCAUUAACUUUACGAAUGAGAAACUGCAACAAUUUUUCAACCAUCACAUGUUUGUGCUGGAACAAGAGGAGUACAAGAAAGAAGGUAUAGAGUGGGAAUUCAUUGACUUUGGCAUGGAUUUGCAGGCCUGUAUUGACCUGAUUGAGAAGCCCAUGGGUAUCAUGUCCAUCCUUGAAGAGGAAUGCAUGUUCCCCAAAGCCACAGAUGCCACCUUCAAAGCAAAGCUUUAUGACAACCACCUAGGGAAAUCCAGCAACUUCCAGAAACCAAGGAUCGUAAAGGGCAAGGCAGAGGCUCACUUUGCCCUGGUUCACUAUGCUGGCACUGUAGACUACAACAUCAACAACUGGCUCGUAAAGAACAAGGAUCCACUAAAUGAAACUGUGGUUGGACUAUACCAGAAAUCUUCAUUGAAGCUACUGGCUUACUUGUUUGCAAACUAUAUUGGUGCAGACUCAGCUAUGUCUGAUGCUACUAGUGGCAAAAAAGAAAAGAAGAAGAAAGGAUCAUCUUUCCAGACAGUGUCUGCACUUCACAGGGAAAAUCUCAAUAAGCUAAUGACAAACCUGCGCUCAACCCAUCCACACUUUGUACGCUGCAUCAUCCCCAAUGAGACCAAGACUCCUGGUGCAAUGGACAACCCCCUGGUUAUGCAUCAGCUACGCUGUAAUGGUGUGCUGGAAGGCAUCAGAAUCUGCAGAAAGGGUUUCCCCAACAGAAUCCUGUAUGGGGAUUUCAAACAGAGGUAUCGCAUCCUGAACCCAUCUGCCAUCCCAGAAGGUCAAUUCAUAGAUAGCAGGAAGGGGGCAGAGAAACUGUUGGCUUCACUUGAUAUAGAUAUCCAACAAUAUAGGUUUGGGCAUACAAAGGUGUUUUUCAAAGCAGGUCUGUUGGGUCAGUUAGAGGAAAUGAGAGAUGAGCGACUAUCUAAAAUAAUCACAGGAAUUCAAGCUAGGUCUCGUGGCCUUCUCUCAAGAAUUGAAUACCAGAAGAUGGUGGAACGCAGGGAUGCCUUACUUGUUAUCCAGUGGAAUGUGCGUGCAUUCAUGGCUGUCAAGAAUUGGCCAUGGAUGAAGCUGUUUUUUAAGAUUAAACCAUUAUUGAGGUCUGCUGAAGCAGAGAAGGAAAUGGCUAACAUGAAAGAGGAGUUUUUGAAACUCAAAGAGGCUUUUGCAAAGUCUGAAGCUCGUAAGAAAGAACUUGAGGAGAAAAUGGUCUCUCUUCUCCAAGAAAAGAAUGAUCUCCAGCUUCAAGUUCAGGCGGAGCAAGACAAUCUCUGUGAUGCUGAGGAAAGGUGUGAAGGGCUGAUAAAAAACAAGAUCCAAAUGGAAGCCAAAAUUAAAGAACUAACUGAGAGGCUGGAGGAUGAGGAGGAGAUUAAUGCAGAGCUAACAGCCAAAAAGAGAAAGCUGGAGGAUGAGUGUUCUGAGCUCAAAAAAGACAUUGAUGAUCUUGAGUUGACUCUGGCUAAAGUGGAGAAGGAGAAGCAUGCUACAGAAAAUAAGGUGAAGAAUCUGACUGAAGAAAUGGCAGCUCUGGAUGAAAUCAUAGCUAAGCUAACAAAGGAGAAAAAAGCCCUGCAGGAAGCACAUCAACAAACCUUGGAUGACCUACAGAGUGAGGAGGACAAAGUCAACACCCUCACUAAAGCCAAAGUUAAAUUAGAGCAGCAAGUGGAUGAUUUAGAAGGAUCUCUUGAGCAAGAAAAGAAGGUUCGUAUGGAUCUUGAAAGGGCAAAGAGAAAACUAGAAGGUGACUUAAAGUUGACCCAAGAAAGUAUAAUGGACCUCGAAAAUGACAAACAACAACUGGAGGAACGUCUUAAGAAGAAAGACUUUGAAAUCACCCAGCUUAACAGUAAAAUUGAGGAUGAACAAGCUGUGAUUGCCCAACUACAGAAAAAAAUGAAGGAGCUACAGGCACGAGUUGAAGAACUUGAAGAAGAACUUGAGGCAGAAAGAGCUGCCAGGGCCAAGGUAGAGAAACAGAGGGCAGACUUGGCCAGAGAGCUGGAGGAGAUAAGUGAGAGACUGGAAGAGGCUGGAGGAGCUACUGCUGCUCAGAUUGAGAUGAACAAAAAAAGGGAGGCUGAGUUCCAGAAACUACGCAGAGACCUUGAAGAGGCCACUCUACAUCAUGAAGCCACAGCUGCCACAUUGAGAAAGAAACAAGCUGACAGUGUGGCUGAACUGGGAGAGCAGAUAGAUAAUCUUCAGAGAAUCAAACAAAAACUGGAGAAAGAGAAGAGUGAGCUUAAAUUGGAACUGGAUGAUGUGGUCUCCAGUAUGGAACAGAUUGUCAAAUCCAAAACUAACCUGGAGAAGGUAAGCAGGACUCUGGAGGACCAGCUGAAUGAAUUUCGAAACAAGUGUGAGGAAAACCAAAGGUCUCUCAAUGAUUUUGCAACUCAGAAGGCAAAGCUUCAGGCUGAGAAUGAUGAACUUUCAAGACAGAUAGAAGAAAAAGAAUCCCUAAUCUUUCAACUUACAAGGGGAAAACACUCCUACAGUCAACAGCUUGAAGAUUUGAAAAGGCAGCUUGAAGAAGAAGUCAAGGCCAAGAAUGCUCUUGCUCAUGCAGUGCAAUCUUGCCGGCAUGAUUUAGAUCUUCUCAGAGAACAGUAUGAGGAGGAACAAGAGGCCAAAGGAGAACUGCAGCGUAGUUUAUCUAAGGCUAAUGCUGAGGUGGCCCUAUGGAGAACCAAGUAUGAAACUGAUGCCAUCCAGAGGACCGAGGAACUAGAAGAAGCCAAGAAGAAAUUGGCUCAGCGUUUGCAGGAUGCAGAAGAGGCUGUGGAAGCAGUCAAUGCUAAAUGUUCUUCUCUUGAGAAGACAAAACACAGGCUUCAGAAUGAGAUUGAAGAUCUCAUGGUGGAUAUGGAGCGAUCCAAUGCAGCUGCUGCAGCCUUGGACAAAAAACAAAGAAACUUUGAUAAGGUCCUUGCUGAUUGGAAGCAGAAAUAUGAGGAGUCUCAAUGUGAGCUAGAAAGUUCCCAGAAGGAAGCCAGAUCCAUGAGCACUGAACUUUUCAAGCUGAAGAACUCUUAUGAGGAAUCUUUGGAUCAUUUGGAGACCCUUAAAAGAGAGAACAAGAUUCUCCAAGAGGAAAUAACCGAUUUAACCGAGCAACUUGGUGAAGGUGGGAAGACAGUUCAUGAACUAGAGAAGGUCAGAAAACAGCUGGAGCAAGAAAAAUCUGAAAUCCAAGCUGCCCUCGAGGAGGCAGAGGGCUCUUUAGAGCAUGAAGAGAGUAAAAUCCUAAGAGCCCAGCUGGAAUUUAACCAGAUAAAGGCUGAUCUUGAACGUAAGCUGACUGAAAAGGAUGAGGAAAUGGAACAGUCAAAAAGAAACUUAAUGAGGACCAUUGACACCCUGCAAACAUCUUUGGAGGCAGAGACUCGUAACAGGAACGAGGCUCUCAGAGUAAAGAAGAAGAUGGAAGGAGAUCUGAAUGAGAUGGAGAUUCAGCUAAGUCAAGCCAACAGACAAGCUGCAGAGGCCCAAAAACAACUGAAGAGCCUCCAUUCUAAUCUUAAGGAUUGCCAAAUUCAGCUGGAUGACUCUCUACGUGCCAGUGAUGAUCUGAAGGAGAAUGUUGCCAUUGUAGAGAGACGUAAUGUUCUGCUGCAGGCAGAACUUGAGGAGCUCAGAAAUGUACUAGAGCAAACUGAGAGAGGACGAAAACUUGCUGAACAAGAACUCCUUGAUGUCAGCGAGAGAGUGCAGCUUCUGCAUUCCCAGAAUACAGGCCUACUGAACCAAAAGAAGAAACUAGAAGCUGAUAUAUCCCAACUUCAGACUGAAGUGGAAGAGGCAAUACAGGAGUGCAGAAAUGCUGAAGAAAAAGCAAAAAAGGCCAUCACUGAUGCUGCCAUGAUGGCAGAGGAACUUAAGAAGGAGCAGGAUACCAGUGCCCACUUGGAGCGCAUGAAGAAGAACAUGGAGCAAACGAUCAAGGACCUGCAGCACCGUUUGGAUGAAGCAGAACAAAUUGCCAUGAAGGGGGGCAAGAAACAAGUGCAGAAGCUGGAGGCCAGGGUAAGAGAGCUGGAGAGUGAACUUGAAGCAGAGCAGAAGAGAAGUGGUGAAUCUGUGAAGGGAAUUCGCAAAUAUGAACGUCGCAUUAAAGAGCUUUCCUACCAGACUGAAGAGGACCAAAAGAACAUAGCCCGUCUUCAAGAUUUAGUGGACAAGCUGCAACUUAAAGUUAAGGCCUACAAGAGAUCUGCUGAAGAUGCUGAGGAACAGGCAAAUGUUCAUCUUGGAAAGUUCCGCAAAUUGCAGCAUGAGCUAGAUGAAGCUGUGGAGAGGGCUGACAUUGCUGAGUCCCAGGUCAACAAAAUGCGUGCAAAGAGUCGUGAGCCAGGCUCAAAGAAAGGGUUUGAUGAAGAGUGAAGCUGUGGACCAUCUCUGAAAUCACUUGUAUUGGCAGCCUUUAGCAGUAAUUCAUCUGUACUGUCCUGCCUCACAAAAUAAAGUCAUCACACAAUGCAGUCA